AUGUCUAAAAUUGAUACCACUGAGAACAGCGCCAUCCUCGUCUGGUCCCAACAAGAUAGGUUCACCACAGGCAACAAUGAUUCCUCAGGGUGGAAGUGCUGGACGACGAGUCCCGGCGAGAACUGGUACCGCACCGAUUUCGACGACUCGACGGGUGGGAACGGCUUCAAGGUGGGGCAGAGCGUCCUGCUCAGCGGGGCGUCCAGCGUCAAUGGCAUGUACCCGAACGGUGACGCGAAAUUUUUUUACAAGUUUGUGGUGGUGGUAGUGGCGCUUGUGGUGAUGGUGGUGGUGGUACUAGGUGCUACUGGUGGGGGUGCUACUGAUAUUCUCAACAACACACAGCUCGAAUUCAAGCAUCACGUCAUGCAAAAUUUGCUUGCGACAGUUUGGAAUCUCUUUGCAUUCGAACAAAGUCACGGCGAAAGCAUGACCAAUCGCCUUAACCAUUACACCAUCCUGUCGCACAAAUAA